CCGAGAGCGGCUCGUCACUUCGCGCGAGCUCAGCGCCGACCGAGCGACCGAGCUACCGAGCUGUGCAUUGCCCACGCCGACCCGCCGCCCCCUGUCGCAUGAGCGCCUUUGCGGCGCUGUCUGGCGUCGACGGCGACGCGGCCGAGGUGCUCGCAGAGAAGAACCGGAAGAAGGAGAGGGAGGAGGCGGAGAGGGCGGCAGCGGCGGAGGUCGCGCGCGCGCGCUUCGACGAGCUCAGGGCGGGCGCCGGCGGGCGCGACUGGGCCGACAGCGACGAGGACGACGACGCCUUCUUUGGCGCUCCGCCUCCCGGGCUCGCGCCGCCGCCAGGGCUCGGAGAGCGGAAGAGCGGAGAGCGGAGCACGAACGCCGACUCCGAGGCGGAGAGCGAGGAGGAGAGCGAGGCGGAGGCGGAGGGCGCCAAGCCGCCGCCCGACGCCGCAGCGGAGGAGGCUGCACCCAAGCCGCGCCGCAAGAAGAAUGUCAAGCAGGACGCUGAGCUUGAGGAGGUUGAGGCGAUGCUCGCCUCGCUCGAGACGGCGAACGCAGACAAAGAGAACCCGCCGGACGGCGGCGGCAAGGACGGCGGCGGCCUCUCCAAGGCAGCGCAGAAGCGGGCCAAGAAGAAGGCCGAGGCGGCGGCGGGCAAGGCGGCGGCGGAGGUGCCGCCGCCGGCGGCGGGCGGCGCUGCGGCGGGCGGCGCUGCGGCGGGCGGCGCUGCGGCGGGCGGCGCUGCGGCGGGCGACGCGGCCGCAGGCGAGGCUGCGGCAGGCGAGGGUGCGGGGGAGGGGUCGAGCGCGGGCAAAUCGGCAGAGGAGGUGAAGGCGAUGAUGAAGGCACGGGCGGAUGCGGCGAAGAAGGCCAAGGAGAAGAAGAAGGGCGGCACGAGCGCCGCCGCCGCCGCGGCCGCCGCCGCGCUCAAGGCUGGAGGCGGAGGCGACAAGAAGAAGAAGAAGGGGGACAAGUCGCACUACAGCCAAGAGCCGCGCUGGACCUGAGGCGCUGGUCCUGAGGCGGGCGGGCGAAGGCGGGUUCGCGGAGGCGGCUGCGGCGGCGGCGCAGCGGGAGGCGGGCGGGCGGGCGGGCGGGGGGGGGGGGGGGCAACCCGCCGUCCUGCGGGUGUGCGAGCGCCCCUGUGGCGCUGCCCGGCGAAAGGCCGCCCCACCCCGGACCCCUUUCCCUCUUUCCACUCCUUGCUUGCCUGCCCGGCCGCGCCUGCUCGCUGGUUGCUGCUCGCCCGCGCGGGGCUUCCCCCGAGCAGUGUAUGCGCGACCUCCCAAAAGGGCGGUCGCAAAGAAAGGGGGUAAAGGGGGAAAGGGGGGGGGGGGGGGGCCCCCC